CGCACACUGUAACAAAUUUAUUAUUCAAAUUCGUUUAAGAAAACUAAAGUACUAAAUAUUCAAUAUUUUACGUGGAAAGCCGAUAAGAUAUUUGUUGCCGUCUUGUUUCUAAGCAACUCCCUGCGCAUGAGAAUUCUGCGGCGAACAAGUGACAUGUACCUCUAAAACCAUUAGCAAAUCGUCCGACUACCUGUCGCAGCUGUCGUCUCACAGUUUGAAAUGUACGGAUCACACCGGAUGUGCAAUGUUCAACGGACUAACGACCAAGAGCAGAUCAAGUUACAAAAGAUCAAAGAAUUGACGAACAUAUUAAAGGACACAGACAAGAAUCUCACCAUAUGCGAAGAAAUACUGGCGACUUAUAUAAGAAAACGGUUAAAGGAGAAGAAAGAAGAGUUACAGAGAAGGGACGAGCUAGAAAACAGAAUGGCUGAAAUAUUGGAAAACCUGAAGACGCGAUUAUUAGUUGAAUAAAUCGAGUGUCAAAUACGCAUAUAAUUUACGAUCUAUUAUAUCGACAAUGCGUGUAUAUAAUCUCCGUCAUUUAUUAUUAUUCUCCAAAGUUUCAUAAGGAAAUAAAACUAACGAUGUCAUGCCUUUAUAAAAAUAUGUAUUAAAAAUAGAGGAUAGCAAAUUGAAGAUUAGAAUUCAGUGAAACAUAUAAUUUUAAUUUUAAUCCGUUUCUUUCUGAUUAGUUGAAUUAUAUAAUCUUCAAUCUUCCAUCUUCAAAACAUCUUCAGGGUCGGUCUAAUUUAUUAAAAAAAAAAAUAGCAAAUUAAAUUUGUAAAUUGCCAGAAAAAAUAUUAUUCUCGUGUUACGAAAAAGCAAUUACUGAAUUUUUAAUUUUCCUCUUGUAAGUAACGAUUCUUUAUGCAAGAAUUUUUUACAUUAUACUUAUUAUCAUUUACUUAAAAAACGUUCACUGCGCGUGAAAUGAAUUUCGAGCUCAUUCACAAAUAAAAAAAGGGAUGCUUCUCUUUUUAUAGACAUCGGAAAUUCAGUUUGCCAAGAAAUUAUAUUUACGUCUCGAUUAUUACUUCCUAUGUAUAUCUACGUCUAUUGUCGCUCCAACUGCGUUCUAUCGCUCACAAUGCUGUAUCCGCGCUAAUAAAGUUACAUCAUACGUUAAA